AUGAAGUUGCAGGUUGGGAUUUUCCCACACACCGCCGGCGGGGUUUGCAUGACAAGGGAGGCCUUACGAAGAUUAUCGCGCCACUUAGAGAAGUUGGAGAAGAACGCUGUGACAUACCCUUUUCCAAAGCAGGUUGGCUUCUGGGCGCCGACGGUGGUCCACGACAAGAAGGUGGCACACCGAGUAAAUGGCUGUGGCUUUGUUGCUGGUCAUUGGUGGGACAUCAUGCUCGGGCGUUGCUUCGUCGCUUCCAACGUCACAGCACAUCCGGCUGUGGAGGACGAGAUCGGGCGCUACUUUUUUGCCACGGAGCCACUGCCCUGUGCAAAGCUUGGCAGGGAAGCGGGACUGUGGCAGGAGCAUUUGGCAAAGCGGAAGCUGCCCCCACUGCCGGGACCAAGCAUCGCUCCAGGCAGCCUAGAGAACUUGGCCAAUGCCUUGUGCGACGUCUACGGCUUCGAGCCUGAGCUACACCGCUGGAUGACCUGCCAGCCCUCGGAGGCCUUGGAUGGGUUUAUGGAAGGUGACUCCAUCGGCAGACUUUUGGGUCUCACCCUUCGCUAUAGGCCGCCAAGGGAGUCCAAGUGUGGUUUCUGUCUCCGUUUCAUCUUGCGUGGCUCGUUCGAGUCCCUUCACGAAGACAUCCCUGCUCUUGCUGGGGCGUGGAAGGCUACCAUGGAUACAAGCAUACUCUACAAAUCUGCUGAAUGCAGCUGGGCCCUGACGUCCCGGCCCAAGGUUGCUAGGCAGCACGCACAGACCAGUUCGACCACGGUGCUCUGCAGCGAGUUCUCUUCCUCUCCGCUUGAACACUUCGACCAGGCACAUGCCACGUGUCCGGGCGUCGGCACCCUCGUCCUCUGCCUUCGAGGACUUGGGUCGGAGUUGUGGACGGCAGUUGCGGCUAGCGGCGAGGCCAAACAUUGCAAGCUGCACAAAUUGCAAGGGGCAGUGGCAGCUGCUGACCCCUUCGAGCAGCGAGCAUCCGCGUCGAUAUUCGCAGACAACGGAAGCAGGACUGGUGCAGGAGGCCCGUCAGUGGACAAUUUCAGUAGCCGCAAAUCAGCUGGCGAUGAGCCUGACCGCGCCAUUGCCAUCACACCACCCCCUGGUCGGCCACCUGAGGAUCGUGGUCCUCGAGUGCGGCGCAGGGCACCAGGCGAGGACUCGGCCAGGCAAACACCAGAGGCCACAGAGAGGCACACUGCGAAUAAGCAGGACUUGUCAAACGAGGUGCAGCCUUUCUGCAACGAGGAGCAGGUGCCGUCGGAUGCUUCUUCUCAGCCCUUGAGGUCGUGCUUGAAAGGUUCGCCUUCGCCUUCUGUCUCACGAGCAGAGGAGGCGACGCCACCAAACAGCAGAGGCUCCUCGAAGGAGGCGCAGCCCAAACGGUCGUGUUUGAAGCAGGCAGCGCCUCCUGCAAGUCCUGAAGCAAUUCCUACACAUAGAGAGGUGGCGGACUCCUCGCCGACACGGCCAGAAAGCUCUUCGCACAGGGAUGCCGACCCUUCUCAGUUCUACAAGGUGUUCAACGAAAAGAUUCACGAUGUGCUUCAGCACUAUACCUAUGACUCCUCACAGGUCGACUCAUGGAAGACUGACAUCGUUGCUGCGUGCGGCGAUGCAGUUCAGGGAAGCGGCUGGCGGUUCCAGUUUGAGUGUGCCAUCAUUCCAGCUGCAGAAGAGCUUCCAGCAUGGAGUGUUCCCGAAGCACCAGAGUUCGACAAAGAGGAUGAUAUGUUGCUCGUGCUGGAGAACCCAUCAGACACAUACAAAGUGAGGCUAACGGCAAUUGGAAAGCCAGAGGCACCAGGUGCUCCUCCAGUUCAGCCAAGUCAGCCACAGCAGCCUCCGCGUCCAGUCCAAGCCGGGGAGGAGCCGGGGAAGCUGCGGCACGGUGAUGAAGAGCAGGCAGAGGAAUUCAAAGCAGCAAUAUCCUUCGAGGCAUGCAGCAUGCAGAGACCGGCAAGCAGACAGGCUUACAGCGGCUAA